GUUUCGCUGCGGCGAUCAGUUGUUUUUUCAACUCGAAACCAAGCGGAUGCGCGGCGGUCGUUAAAAAGAGCUAAUAAAAAAGGUCCGACACACACACACUCGCUCGCUCGCACGCACACUCACCCCGAAAAAACUAGAAAAAAGACAACAAGACAAAGUGGUAGAAGCAACAGGUCAGGAAGAAGAAGAAGAAGUCUUGUUUGCUGGCUUUAAAUUAGUUAACUAUUCAAAAGGCCACAAAAACAACGCGGGCGUUGAAAUAAUUUUUAGCUGGACUACAUACAUAGGCAUUAAGUGCCUGUGUGUGUGGGCAAGAGAAAAGAAAGUGCAAUAAAAUUCAAAAAUUGUGAAAAUCCAACAAGUGCAAUGUAUACAACAAAAAAUACAUAAACCAAGAAAGCAAGAAAACAGUAAAAACAGUUAAGUCGCCGCGAAAGAAAGAGAAAGAGAGUGAGUAAGAAGGCAAAGAAGGAGCAGACAAAGAGAAAGAGGAGCAAGAGGAAGCUGUAGAUAACAUUUACCAACAACCUGUCGCAUCUUAAAAAAAGAGCGCGAGCGAUAGAGAGGGAGAAUAUCCGAUUGAGAACCACUUGUUAUUGCUGCACAGCCGCUGGCGGAGCAGCCCUGAGAUGCAGAUAAGUCAAAGCUAGCCUGGCAUGAAGCUUCAGUUCAAGGAGCAGAAUCACUAGCAAUAUACAUAAUCAAAGGAGCCUUUGGAUCCACCAUUAACAGCCCGAUCAUCACAAAAAGAGAUUGACAAAAUGCAGGUCCCCGAGCACGUUGUUUCACUGUACAUCGCCACGUGUGGCCAAAAUGGAUCCGGCCUAGGAUCGGAUGAGAAGGAGAUCAUAUUGCUGGUCUUUGUUCUCCUGGAAGUCUCCACUGGACAGAUCGUGGGCACCAAACAAAUACUCGUGCGGCCUGAUGGCUACUUCAUCAAGGAUCGCACCAUCUCGAGUUCAUCGGACAACUCGAGUGUCACCAACAACACGGCCAGUUCCCCGCCCUUGGCCAUUGGGGAUUCCAAUAAUGGCAGUGGGUCCGGGAGUGGCAACGGGAGCACUGUGGACAACGGGUCCGAGCUGAUCCUCCCCAUCGCAGAGGCCCAAGCAGCGGGCAAGCCUUUGAGCGAGGCCAUCGAAGAGUUCGAUGCCUACCUGCGAUCUCUGUCGUUGCACGACACUGAGAUCAAGCUGGUCACCGAUGGCCAGCUGCCGCUGAGGCAGUGCCUCCACCGAGAGGCCAGUGCCAAGGACGUGGAGCUGCCGGCCUACUACAACCGCUUCAGCGACCUGCGCAAGGAGUUCCUGCGCUACAAGUCCGGCGACCUUGCCCGCGCCCUCGUCCCCGUCAAGGACGUCAAGAAGAUGCUGCAGGCUCCCGCGCUGCCCAUGCCGCAGUCCAUCGCCGAGAUGCUGGGAGAACUCAACACCUCAUCGGUGGAGGACAACGACUUUUUCAUACGCGAAUCUCGCGACAUGGUCACUGUGAUUCAGACUCUGCUGCAGGCAGGUCACAAAUUUGCUGCAAACGAAUUGGUCAACCUGGUUCUUGAACCUGGAAUUUGCUCCAUUGACGACGAGGUCGACGGUAAUUGCAUAGUACGAGCUAGAGGAUUACCCUGGCAGAGCAGCGACCAGGACAUCGCCAAGUUCUUCCGCGGCCUCAACGUAGCCAAGGGUGGCGUGGCCCUCUGUCUUUCCCCACUGGGACGGCGCAACGGCGAGGCUUUGAUCCGCUUUGUGUGCCAGGAGCAUCGCGACAUGGCGCUCAAGAGGCACAAGCACCACAUCGGCACCCGCUACAUCGAGGUGUACCGGGCCACGGGCGAGGAUUUCUUGGCCAUCGCCGGCGGGGCCUCCAAUGAGGCGCAGGCCUUCCUCUCGAAGGGCGCCCAGGUGAUCAUACGGAUGCGAGGAUUGCCCUACGAUGCCACCGCCAAGCAAGUGCUGGACUUUUUCACCACGGGCGAUACGGCGCCCUGCCACGUUCUCGACGGAAGUGAGGGAGUUCUGUUUGUUAAGAAACCGGACGGACGGGCCACCGGCGACGCCUUCGUGCUGUUUGCCCACGAGACGGACGCCCCCAAGGCGCUGGGCCGGCAUCGAGAGUCCAUCGGACAGCGGUACAUCGAACUGUUCCGCUCCACGACCGCCGAGGUGCAGCAGGUGCUCAACCGGUCGAUGGACCCCAAGAACUACGAGUCGGGCGGCGGACACAGCCAGCCGCCGCUGAUCGCCCAGCUGCCCACGAUGCAGCUGCCGCUGCUGCCGCAGGUGGGUGCCCACAGCCUCGCCCACAGCCUCGGAGCCAGUCCCGCUAACCUGUGCCCUCCCGUGCCUCCCCCCGGUACCGCUCUCCCCCUCCCUCUCCCCACACAGCACCUCAUCACCUCGGGCACCACCAAGAACUGCAUCCGGCUGCGCGGACUGCCCUACGAGGCGAUGGUCGAGCACAUCCUGCACUUCCUCGACGACUUUGCCAAGCACAUCAUCUACCAGGGCGUGCAUAUGGUGAUCAAUGCGCAGGGACAACCCAGUGGCGAGGCCUUCAUCCAAAUGGACGCAGAGGAUUCGGCCCGCCUGUGUGCUCAACGCAAGCACAACCAGUUUAUGGUUUUUGGCAAGAAGUUUCGCUACAUCGAGGUGUUCCAGUGCUCCGGCGACGACAUGAACAUGGUCCUCAAUGGGGGACUCGCUUCGCCGGUGGCCCAGGCGCCGCCCCCGCACCAUGGCCACGCCCACAAGCAGCAACCGCUGCUGGCCGCCACCACGGGUAUGUUCAGUUCGGCGGGUCAGUCGCCGACGAGCGUUGCCGCCGCCGGUACCGCUCAGUCGCCGCUCGGCGGCAGCCAUUCACACACUCACCCGCACUCACAUGCGCAUGCGCACACCACACCAGGCCACGCCCAUGCGGCAGCCGUCGCCGCUGCCGCCGCCCACCACGGGUUGUCCGCCUCGCCGGCAAUGUUGCCGGGUCUUUCGGCCGCCUCCGCCUCCGGAUUGGCCUCCUUCAUGGCCGCCAAUCAGCCUGCGGCUGGCGUAUCCCAUUCCGCUGCCUCGUUGCAAAAUGCCGCCGUGGCCUUGAGCCCACAGGGUUACGCCCUGAAUCCCUUUUCCCUGCCACCGCCCGGAUCUUCGGCUGCGGCAGCGUCAACACCUGCGCUGCUGGCCCAGCAGCAGGCUCAGUUUAUAGCCCAACAGAGUUUGCUAGUGAGACAGCAGGCUGCAGCUGCCUUGGCCGCCGAACAGCAGCAGCAGCAGCAACAGCAGCAGCAGCAACUCUAUGCCAGUGCAAUGCAGCAGCAGCAUCCACUGUACUUCCAACUGCAGCAACAGCAGCAGCAGCAGCAACAGCAACUAUAUGCCAGUGCGAUGUUGCAGCAGGGCCAGCCGCAGUUUGUGCUGAUGCAAAGGCCCUCGACCGCCUACUUGCCGCCCUUUCCGCUGGGCUAUAUGUCGGCUGCGGGGGCGGCAUCCGGAGUGGGCGUGGCAGCGGGAGCAGGAGCGGCAGCGACAGCCACUUCGGCCACCGCCAGCAACUCGUCGCUGAGUCAAUCGAUGAAGCGGUCGUACGAGAACGCCUUUCAGCAGGAGGCAGCGGGAGCGGCGGUGGCGGCCAGUGCGGCCAAAAGGGCAUUGACCCGACAGCCCGGCAAUGUUUAUUCGUACUAUAACACUGGGCUAUAGACCCCAAAGGUGUAUAGUCUAAAUUCAACCCUGAAAUAAGAGCUCCAACUCCAGCACUUCGGGCACAUUCCGCGAGUGGGUGGGGUGUUCAUACUUAUAAUAUCUUCAUUAUGGCGCACACAUAACCAUAUAUCAUGUAUCAUCAUGGCCACCACACUUACACAGAAACACACACACUUGCAUACCAGACAUUCUCUAGAGCUUAAUUGAUACCGAUUUGGAAUGUAGACCUAAGUACUUUUCUUGUACGGAGUACUAGUAGUAGCCUAAGCAUAUAAUACUUGUCUAUGGUCUAAGCAAUUAAUACUAUAUUUAAUGUGAAACAACAACACACAUACACACACACACCCACAAGCACUGCUCACCCAUACACGCAUAAGUACACCAGCUAACAGAGGGAAUUUAUAAAGGAUCAACGAAAGAUCCUGAUCACUUGUGUUCUCACCUAUGGAUUUUUUACUAUUAAUAUGCUUGGUGUGUGUGUGUAUGGGUGCGUUUGUGGGGAAGGAAGGAGUAUAUAGCCUCGAUAUAGAGGGAUAUAUAUCCUUUUCCUGUCCGAUUCGAAGGCAAUCAACAGAGGCUAACGUUGUUCAUGGCGGGAGCGAGAUUUUAUGGGUGGGUGGGUACAGUGGCCACCACGCCCACUCAGUGCAAUCUAAUUUUAGUGUUUAUCCUUUGGAACCCCCUUUUUAUAAAGCCACCAAUCCGAUCCCCCUAUAAGUUCCGCUUCCCCCAUGAACCACGUCAGGUGUUGGCUCAAGCGCAAAUUUAAGCUGAAUUUGAAACCGAAACCGAUAAUUGUUUACGUGUUAAGCGAAUAUCACCCUGUUCUGUGAGACAAAACUUUUUGGAAUUACCCAUCGAUGGCCUUUCGAUUUAUAUAUAUACCUACAUUUAUAUACAUGCUAGCUUUAAGACUGUGCGACUUGUAAGUUGGUUUACAUAUUAAUUCUACCGGCAAUCUUUUCCCGUGUCUCUCCAUGGCCGCUAACAAUCAAUUAAUAUAAACUCUCAUCGUUUAACUUGCAAUAUCGUACACCCUAUAUAAACAUAGUGCCUAGAUCUAUGGUGUAGCUUUUAAGUGUGCGUAACUGGUGUUAGUCGCAAACGGGAUAAAUCUCUUUACUCUAUCACUCUAUCUAUCCCCCGAUAUCAAUAUCUCUCACUGUUUGUGUGUUAUCUGUCAUCACUAAUUAAGUCGGGAUCAGCUAGAUCUACAGUCUACAGCUUGUUGUAAGUUGGGUCGCUUUAGUGUCUAUACAUAUAUUGUGUGUCUAGUCUGCAUAAACGGAUGAUAACAUGGUUACUGGUGAUCUUUUGAGUUAAGACAAGUGUUCAGUUAACGAGCGUUUUGUAAAAUGUGUACACACAUACGAGCUUUGGUCGGCGUCUUCCAGGAACAACUCCUGACCUUCCCAAAUCCCAAAAAAAGCCAGCUCAAUACCUUUAAACCUUUCUGUUCUCCUGCUGCGUCUAACACUCAGUUUCGCUCGGCUUGGGAAAAUCGAGCUUGGCACGAGAUAGGCAUGGGAAAGAUAGUCUGCGCCUAGCCUAAUCCUUAUUAGCCUAAUUUAACCACUAGUUUUAUGUAGUAUGGCAAUCGAGUGGCUUCCGAGCGGGUUCUACAGCCACUUUAAAGAAACACAUAAUCAAUAAUAUCUACUUAACUAGUUUGUACGCACAUAAAUUUUAAAUGUAUUUUUGGAAUUUUUACGAUUUUUGAUAUUCCAAUCUUUUUUACCACUAGAUGUUAGUAAAACAACCUUUGAUUAAUUUUUUACAUCAAUAAAAUACGACAUACCGCCUAAACUAAG